CAUGACAACGCCCUCUUUUCACUUGUGUGCUGUUGCGUGCCAGACCAACAACAAAUCAGUUUAGCCAGUUAGCCUGUGAAAGCUUUGCUAUUAAAGAAAGGUCUUUGUUUUAGAAUUUCGAUAAAAAAUACGAAUAUGGUCUGUGGUGGAUUUACCUGCUCUAAAAACGCGCUUUGUUCCUUAAAUGUGGUUUACAUUCUGGUAGGUCUGCUGCUGAUAGGCGUGGCAGCAUGGGGGAAGGAGUUUGGCAUCGUGUCUAGCAUCCACAUCAUCGGUGGGGUCAUAGCUGUGGGCUUCUUCCUGCUUCUCAUAGCCAUCGUGGGACUCAUCGGAGCCAUCCACCACCACCAAGUCAUGCUCUUCUUUUAUAUGAUCAUACUUUUCCUGGUAUUCCUUGUCCAAUUUGGAGUUUCAUGCUCCUGCUUGGCCAUGAACCAAGACCAGCAGGAGAAGCUGCUGAACUCCACCUGGAGUCUGAUGAGCAACAACACCAAGGGAGAGCUGGAGGGCCGGCUGGACUGCUGUGGGCUGCUCAACAACACCCUCGGCCAGAAGCAGUUUACCCAGGACUGGUUCAGCUGCAAUGCUCCGUGUAAAGACAGGAGAAUCUGCUACACCUGUGGUACCAUGAUGCUACAGCACGCUACAGAGGCUCUGAAGAUCCUGGGAGGGGUCGGACUCUUCUUCAGCUUUACCGAGAUUCUUGGGGUGUGGCUGGCAGUGCGGUACAGGAACCAGAAAGACCCCAGAGCCAAUCCCAGUGCUUUCCUAUAGUCGGUCUAACCCCAUCUAAUUAAUGCAGUACUGUAGAUUCCCAAUGAGGAGAUACACUGGUAGCGGUACAUGUAGAAUUGUGCACAUCUAGAAACACUCAGGAGUUUAAACUGGACCACAAUCAUACAAAUGGGCUCCGUUCCAAAUGGCACCCUAGUCCCUCUAUUGUGCACUAGUUUUUACCAGGGCUCCAUAGGGCUCUGGUCAAAAGUAGUGCACUAUAUAGGGAAUAGGGUGCUAUUUGGGAGACAUCCGCAGACAAGAGAGCGCAUACAGAAGCUGACACACCCCUCCGAUAUACACACCUUCCUUAAAUUCACACUGGACUAAAACACAUCGCCUACCUACUGCAUUAACCUCUGUUUGUGCAAGCACUCCUCUUCAUAUUGCCUAGUUUAGAUUUAGCGAGAGGUCAAACUUCUCGAUUUUGGCAAGGAUCCAGAUCUUAUGUAUGAUAGGAUUAAUGGCUACCUCCAUUUGGCUAUUGCCCAGCCUUGAUUUGAGUACCGGAUCUUUGAUGACUGACUAUAUUCCAACCAUGUAACCGUAGACAUUCUUUUACACUUGCCCUGCUGCACAGUCAUACCUACAGUACAUUGUUUUCUCCCAUGCCUAUUGACAACCCUACUGUGUAUAACGUUUAAGAAGCUAAUUUAAUUCACCUUUUCCUCCAACCUGUAUGUAUUGUUAAUUCGGCUAAGUAUGGCCCUCUAGAUUAGUGCUAGCUGUGAUGUGUGGCACUACAGUAUGGUAUGUACCCACUGCUGUCAAAUGCAUUAUUCAGGAAGUUUCUAUUUUUCUCUCUUAACUUGAGGUGAAAUGCUGUGUUGUUUGAAGUCAGAUCGAAAAUCUCAACGUAACUGUUGUCGCAAAGGAAUGGGUGCGCGUUGGAAGUGGUGUGUGAUGGAAAUGUAUGUUUUUCAGAUGAAUUGAUGAUGCCGUAGAUGCUGGUAUUGUAUUUUAGAAGUUCGAUUUUAGAUAGUCAAGUAGUUAAUCUGAUAGGAUUAAGAAUAUUUAUGAACUGAACUUGUGUAACUGAGCCAACUAAUUUAACAUUCACAUAAGUAAGUAGGUAGAUCGCCAAUGGACUGCAGCCCUUAUUGUUGUACAUGUAUAUAAUCUUUUGAAAGUUUUCAAUAUCAUGAAAGACGGGUUUGAUGGUUAAGAUGAUCCACACCUCCUGCAUUUCCGAUGUUCCUUUGUUUCACAAAUGAUGUCAAUAAGUGUAACGAUUUAGUGACCUAUGAGGGACAUGGUAGUCAAGUACACUAUGACCUCUCCAAUAGCAAUAGUUCACGUCUCUGAACGUCUCUGAAUUGGUUUAUGAUAAGGUAAGAAAGUAGUAAGAUCAUUUGGGUAUGUCUAAGUCUUGUAUUCUUCCAAAAUAAUUGUAAUGAGCAAUACAAUGUUAAAUGGCACCUUUAACUGGAAGGGAAAUUAUUAUCGAAAUCAGAAGUUAUGCAUAAUUUGGUCGAAGCUAUAGUGAAGUACCUGCUGUACUUGUUUUAUUUUCCGUAAUCCUCCAUUUGUUUGUGCAUUUGUUGUUUUGCUGAAUGAUGUCAUUGGUUUUGUCCUCAUUUGCUGACAUGAUUUUGUUCAACAGUGUUGAACUCAUUUUAAAUCUUUUGAUAAUGCACAGCAGACGUUUUUUUUAAUGGGCUUAAUAUUCUAGUGUUAGUAAGGUGUUUUCGUUAAAACACCUUACUGCUUGUUCUAUGUCUUACACAGAGGGGUGGAGGAGUGGCAUCUCAUCUGGCCUCUAUUGAUCUGGAUCAACCUUUUGGACUAAGAUUAAUUGAAAUGUCAGCGCUUGUAUUACUUGAACCACUUAUGGUGAAUUAAUAUGGUUUUGAUGGUGGAUAUGGUGCUUGAGUGGAGCCACUACAAGGUCUAAUGCAUAUAUAUAUUAUCUGUACGCAUUAUAUUAACUCUGUACCGUAUAGACCAUGUACCCUACUUAAAACCUUGUGCACUUGUUAUCCCAAUUGUACCCUAUCUUGAAUUUUUGAGACUUCAAUUUCAAAAUAAAAAUGACAAGAUAGGAUAAA